AUGACGCGCCCAACGCAAACCAAACAAUGGCACCUCAUCUCCCGCCCGACGGGCCUACCCACCUAUGAGGGCAACAACCCCACCUUCACCCUCAAGACAGUCGACCUCCCAUCCCUCGGCAAAGGCCAGGUCCUGCUAAAACCACUCUUCUUCUCCAACGAUCCUGCACAGCGCGCCUGGUUGGACGACAACACGCUCUCAUAUGUCCCGCCGGUGCCACUCAACGGACCGAUGCGCGCGCGAGGCAUCGCUGAGGUUGUGGAGAGCGCGUCGGACAAAGUCAAGGUAGGUGAUCGCGUGACUGCGACCCUGGGCUGGACCGAGUACGUCGUGCUUGGGGAGGAGGAGGUGGCGGUGUUGCCAGACCCACCCAAAGGCCUGAGCUGGAGCCAGUAUAUCGGAGCGCUGGGCACGACGGGCUUGACGGCUUACUAUGGGCUGGUGGAGGUUGGGCAGGUCAAGAAGGGGCAGAGCGUGGUGGUUAGUGGUGCGGCGGGGGCGACGGGGAACAUGGCGGUGCAGAUUGCAAAAGGGAUCCUCGGCUGCUCAAAAGUCAUCGGACUGGCCGGGAGCGCGGAAAAGUGUCGCUGGGUCGAGAGCAUUGGGGCCGACAAGUGCAUCAACUACAAGGAUCAGGACUGGCACGCGCAAUUGGAGAAUGCUUGCGACGGCGGCGUAGACGUCUACUUUGACAACGUCGGAGGCGAGAUCCUCGACGCUAUGCUACGACUCGUGAAACAGAAUGGAAUCAUCGUGGCCUGCGGUGGCAUCUCAGGCUACAACGACCAGGAACCCACGGUAUUGAAGAACUACAUGCAGAUCGUCUUUAUGCGGCUGUCAGUUCGAGGCUUCAUCACCACGGACUUCAUGGCCACCGCGAAGCAGACCCAGGAGCUGUUUGUCAGGAGUGUGGAAGAAGGGAAGCUGAAGAUCGGAGAUGAGCAGGAACAGGUCGUUGAUACAAAGUUCGAGGAGGUGCCCAAGACGUGGCUGAUGUUGUUCGGGGGUGGGAAUAGAGGCAAGCUCAUCACGAAGUUAAUGUGA